CCACUAGACGCGCCGAAGAGGACCACUCGCUCGCAUCGCAGCAUAGCAUAGCAUACCCCAGUCACUGUGUGGUUCGCAUCUCGCCACACACUGCAAGGAAUCAACAGCAUUGCAUCGGCCGCGACCCACUGCGCUGCCAUCCCAUUUAUUGUCCGCCACGCCCCCCCUUCCCCCCCUCUCCCGCACGUCCAGGAGCGCCCCGAGCUCAAGCCCGACUUUUACUUUUGCUCGCCUGCCUCUCUCUGAGCUCGAGCCCUCCCUCUAUCGCCGACACCGAGGCCGAAGCCGAGUGAACGACCUCUCCAGCUGCCGCCCGCCGUCUACCCGCUGCCGCCGACGACGACACCGACAACGCCGACAACGCCAACGACGAUAAGGCCAACAGGCAGCAGCAGCAUCAACAACAGCAGCUCCUCGCAGUCCCUCUCGCUCCCGCGACACGCCCACAGCCACACGGCCAACAUCGCAGGCCUCUCCCCCCACCACCAUCACCACUACACCCCGCACCACUCGCACAACCUGUCGCCGGACGUCCUGUCCACCAUGCACCCCGGCGUCCUCCACCGCCGCUUCCUGAGCGACCUCUCGACGUCGCUCUUCUCCUUUGUCCUCCCGCUUCUCCCGACGUCCGAGGAGCUUACCAUCAAGGAGGAAGUCCGUACGCUCAUCGAAAAGCUCAUCAAGACGAUUGAGCCUAGCGCUCGCUUGCUGAGCUUUGGCAGCAGCUGCAACUCGUUUGGUCUCCGCAACUCGGACAUGGACCUCGUGGUCCUUAUCGACGACCCAGAAGCUGCCCUCGACCCGUCGACCUUUGUCGCAAUGAUUGGCGACCUACUGGAGCGGGAGACCAACUUUGACGUCAAGCCGCUGCCAAAGGCGCGCAUCCCGAUCAUCAAGCUCAACCUCGCCGCGUCUCCCGGUCUUCCUUUCGGCAUCGCAUGUGACAUUGGUAUUGAGAACCGCCUCGCCAUUGAGAACACGCGACUGCUCUUGACCUAUGCCACUAUCGACCCUGCGCGUGUCCGCACCCUCGUCCUCUUCCUCAAGGUGUGGGCCAAGCGCCGCCGCAUCAACUCGCCCUACCGUGGUACCCUUUCAUCUUACGGCAUUACCCUCAUGGUCCUCUUCUUCCUCGUUCACGUCAAGCAGCCCCCAGUGCUGCCCAACCUCCAGCGCAUUGCCCCCGUCAGACCCAUCACCGAGGAGGAGAUGAUGCUCGAAGGCCGCAACGUCUACUUCUUUGACGACGUCGAGAUGCUCCGCCAGGAGUGGUCCUCGAUCAACUUUGAGAGCGUCGGCGAGCUCCUCAUCGACUUCUUCCGCUACUUCUCGCAUGACUUCCAGUUCAACACCAUGGUUCUGUCGCUCCGCGCUGGCCCGCUCACCAAGGAGAGCAAGGGCUGGACCAACGACAUCGACGUCGGCGGCCUCAACGAGAUGGCCCGUGACCGCAACAGGCUGUGUAUCGAGGACCCCUUUGAGAUCACGUACAACGUCGCUCGCACCGUCACCAAGGACGGCCUCUACACCAUCCGCGGCGAGUUUAUGCGCGCCACUCGCAUCCUCACCCAGCGCCCCGAACGCGCCGUCCUCGCCCUCGCCGAGUUGUGUCGCGAGCGCGACGAUGAGCUCCUCCGUGCCCCUCGCUCGGCCUCGCCCGCUCCUCGGACGCUCUCUGUCGGUCGCGGUGGAUUCGGCAACGCCAGUGCCGCCACCAAUGGUCCUGGAUGGCGCAGCCAGUCGCAGCAGCCUCACGACCGGUACCACUCUGGUGGUGGCGGAGCCGGCGGUGGCGGCGGUGACCGCUACGGCCCGUCCACCAACGGCCCGGGCCCAAGUCCCAUGGCCCCCGAGGCCAACCAGCGCCGUGGCAGAACAAACGAGGUCAGCGCUGGCGCUGCUUCCUCUGCUGCCGCUGCGGCUGGUGUCUCGGAAAGAAACGUCGCCCAGGACAUGUGGCUCGCUGCCCAGGGUCCCAACCUCGGCAACCCAUCCGGGCUUGGUCUCGGCGGCGUGGCCGACUCGCCGUUCGCCGAGUACGGCGGAAGAGGGCGUGAGCCCGUCACGCGUGCCAUGGACCCGUCGCAGUACCCUGCUCGUCCCCGUGAUCGCCGCCAGGCGUCCAACUACGACAACCCUAACGCCGCGGGUACUGUCUCUGCGCCUCUCUCGCCGUCGCGUUUGUACGCGCAGCUCGAGAUUGGACGUGGAUGGGCGUACGACUCGCCCGGUGGCUUUGGUGCUCCUGGAACUCGGCCCGCUGGCAGCAGCAGCGCGACUCCUGCCGGACCGUCGACGUUUGGUGCUCCCGGCUCGAGCAACGAGGCGCGCGGUGGUCGCCGCAACGUCUCCAACACGCGUGACCUGUCGCAUCCCCCAUCUCAGCUCGCGCAAUCGCACACGCUAGCCGACGACCCGGCGUCGCCCCUGCCAACGUUUGCUCCCUUCUCCCCGCCUGUGCUGCCGUCGUCUCUGCAUCCCUCAAUGGCCGAGACUGGCUCGGGCAGCGCACCGUACAUCAGCCCCAGCGCGCUCUUGUCACCGUCUCCGCAGGUACCUGGCUUGCCAGGAGAAUUGGACAAGGGUGUGGAGAGUCUCACACAGGGCUUUGGCGCCCUCGGCGUGGACCCAGCAGGUGGUGACGCCAAGCGGGAUACCGCAAAGAAGGAGGGCUCGCGAUGAGGCCACUACACUGCAUGAUACAAGGAAGAUCAGAAACAAUCAUUGCCGGGUGGCCUGGUGGCUGCCUGGCCCGCUAACCUCCAUCACAUGAGCAUAGCAUAGUGACAUGUAGUGACAUGCAUGGUGUCUUGUCGG